CAUUGCGGGAGAACGAUCCCGAUGGCCUUUGGUAUGGGUCAUGCGAUAUGUGCGGUUCGCAAGAUGUGUGCAGCUGCCGGAUGAAAUGGAACUUCUCCGACUAUACCCAGCUGGUGGAUACCGGCCUCAAAGGGAUCGGGGUGUGCGCUCUUGCAAACUUCAAGAAAGGGGAUAUUCUGGGCGCAUUUGUCGGGAAGAUCAUGCCCCCGGGUUACGAGGGAGACGCUACGUAUGCGCUUCAAGUACAUUCCAAGUCUUCAUCUACUAGUGAAACAAGGAUUGCUCUACUUUCUCCCAAGGACUACGGCAACUGGACUCGGUUUAUCAAUCACUCAUGUGAGGCCUCCACGACGUUCGGGUCGAGGACGGUUGGGGACCGAAUAUUCAUGACGAUCGAGGCCGUGAGGGACAUUGCUAUUUUCGAGGAGAUCACGAUCCACUAUGGGAAAGGUUAUUGGAGUCAAGAUAAGUGUAUGUGCGGGGCGAAGAAUUGUUUAGAGAGACAGAAGAGAACCUGAAU